GCUGCUUUGGAUUCCAGCGUUUCUGGGAAGAUUGGUUUGCGAGCAGUCAUAUAUUAUUUCUGCACUACAGUCAUUGCUGUAAUAUUAGGGAUUGUCUUAGUUGUAACCAUUAAACCUGGAGUGCCUCAAACAGCAAGUGAGAUCGACAGGGUGGGCAGUACCCCAGAAGUCAGUACUGUUGAUGCCAUGCUGGAUCUGAUCAGGAAUAUGUUUCCAGAAAACCUUGUCCAGGCCUGUUUUCAACAGUAUAAAACCAAACGUGAAAAAGUUGAAGCUACAACUGGCUUGGAUAAAAAUGGCUCCACACUUACAGAAGAACCCGUUACAACUGCUACGACAGCAGAGGCUUCAGAGAACAAAACCCAGGAAUACAAAAUCGUGGGCAUGUAUUCUGACGGCAUCAAUGUGCUGGGGUUGAUCGUCUUCUGUCUUGUUUUUGGAGUGGUUAUUGGGAAAAUGGGAGAGAAAGGACAAGUGCUGGUGGAUUUUUUCAAUGCACUGAAUGAAGCUACAAUGAGAAUAGUUCAGAUAAUUAUGUGGUAUAUGCCAAUUGGUAUCGUGUUUUUAAUUGCUGGGAAGAUAAUAGAAGUUGAGGACUGGGAAAUCUUUCGUAAACUGGGUCUUUAUAUGGCUACAGUACUAAGUGGACUUGCAAUCCAUUCCACUGUAAUUCUGCCACUGAUCUACUUAAUAAUAGUAAGGAAAAAUCCUUUUCGGUUUGCUAUGGGGAUGGCUCAGGCACUUCUGACAGCUCUCAUGAUUUCUUCCAGUUCAGCAACUUUGCCUGUCACCUUCCGCUGUGCGGAAGAAAAGAACUUCAUCGACAAAAGAAUUACCAGGUUUGUUCUUCCAGUUGGAGCUACCAUCAACAUGGACGGCACAGCUCUUUAUGAAGCAGUAGCAGCUGUAUUUAUUGCACAACUGAAUGACUUAGAACUGGAUAUUGGCCAAAUAGUUACCAUUAGUGUCACAGCUACAGCAGCCAGCAUCGGGGCUGCAGGCGUCCCGCAAGCCGGACUUGUCACCAUGGUGAUUGUACUGAGUGCUGUCGGCCUGCCCGCCGAAGAUGUUACUCUGAUCAUUGCAGUUGACUGGCUUCUGGAUCGAUUCAGAACAAUGGUGAAUGUCUUGGGAGAUGCCUUUGGUACAGGUAUAGUGGAGAAACUCUCUAAAAAGGAGCUGGAGCAGAUGGAUAUCACCUCUGAAGUCAACAUAGUCAAUCCUUUUGCCUUGGAAACAAUACUUGAUAAUGAUGAAACAGAGACCAAGAAAUCGUACGUCAAUGGAGGCUUUGCUGUGGAUAAGUCUGACACCAUAUCCUUCACACAGACAUCUCAGUUCUAAAGCCAGUAGCUUUCAGGUAGAACAGGAGCACUAAAGGACAUGGCCAUAUGCAAUAUCUCAAAAAACUUAAAGGAUAAUUGAGAAUUAAUUACAUCUCACAUGCACUUGAUUUACUACACAGACUGAUUCUCUUUACCAGUCUGCCCCCUUCUCAUCACCUCUCCCACAAUUUGAACUCACCACUUUUAGUUCUUGCUGAUAGAUAGGUUGAAGAAGAAGACAGUUGUAAAAUACUUUUUUUUUUUUUUUAAGAAUAUACACUAUUGCUGAGGCUAUGAAAUGCCUCUUGGAAUCAGCAUGCUCAUAAAUGGGUACUUUAGCUGGGACAGCCAAACGUGUUUUACUCAGGAGUCGCACAGCAUUUCACAUUUUGCCCACAUUACAAAGCACCUGUAUGAAAUCCCUUUUAACAUCCUUGCCUUCUAAACAGAUUGCACUGUACUUGACACCUACUGUAACUUGAUCACGUGCCAAAAUACUAAUUACUACAGCUGAGAGGAUACCACUUGGGUGAUUCAGGAAGGAACA